AUGAAGACCAUCAAGACCAGAUCGCAAACCAAGAAGUUGGCUCAAGAGCUGGCUACGGCGCUGGCCAGGCCUGUCCAGACUUGCACACUGUUGACAGUUCUUCCGCUAGAAAUGCGAUACAUGAUAUUCGAACACAUCUUUGCAGAAGAAGCAAAACCGAAGCUCCCGCAUCCUCUCAUGCAAACCUGCAAGCAACUGGAAGAAGAAGCAACGGAUGCUGCAGCACGAAUACUUGGGACCAAGGUUCACUUUACCCUGAAGCUCAACAACACUCGUCGCACCAGUUGGAGCAUCAGGCACACUUUCCGCUUCCGUCAGCCUGAGAAAAAAGAAGCACGAGCUUCCCCAUUGUUCACUCUUGGACGCGGUCGGACGCAAUGGCGUGUCUUCCGCCAAAGCAGCAUUGGCAAGCAGAUGAUGGCACGGACUAAACAAAUCAGCAUCCAUUGGUUAACCCCUUCCGCGGGCUUCAUCAUUGAUUUCCGAGUCGACUCUCCACCCGAAAUUGCAGUUUAUAAACAUUGGAAGAAACCAGACCUCAGGUCUCACGUAUCCGUUGAUGAAGCAUACCGAAUGAUGGAUGCAACGGCGAUCAGGUGGAGCACUCGAAAAGCCGACUGUUCUGUAAAAUGGGUUGACGAAUUUGUCAAUGAUCUGAGAGCCAGCUGGAUCAAGUUGCGUACUGAGGCCAAGGGGAAAGAUUCGCGCGUGAGAGAUUAG